AUGGAAAAUUCCGUACGGAGUGUUACUAAGAAAUGGUCGGCUGCAGCCCUAGAGGCAGAAACUACUGGACAAAACUUGUAUGAGACGGCUGUGGCUAUGGAUAGAAUCCACCUUGCCGCCACCUUCUUUGAGUCAGCGCGCUCCGCAGUCAAACAGACCAAGGAGCAGAAAGAUACAGCAGACUCAAUAUUCCAGCGGGAGACCACGCCGACAGUACUCGCGCACUGGGAAGAAGAAACCAGUGUUCUACAACGAUUGAGGCGCUGGAGCGACCUCGGCGCAUUCUACAGUGGCGUCAAAGAUCAAUUUGAUCACUGGCGAGUGAAUGCUAAAAGGGCGCGCAAGCAAAGGCUGGGCGAUUUAUAUCGUGCAUUCCGGUUCCAAUAUAAACUUGACAUGGUCCGGGAUUGCCUGGACCUGUGGCGAGAGGCCACUGCAAGCGCCAUCACGUCGACCUGGGACGCUGACGACAUCAAGGCUAGCCACGAUAGAUCAGUUGUCGAGGAGAGCCUUCAGGUCUGGCAAAACGAGCUGUCAUUCGUCGAGUUCAGCACGCAAGUCGCAGUGGAAGCCGACCAGGAGGCCUAUCUUAUGGCGUGGCAGGCGGAACAUGCUGCCAUGAAAGAGGCUGAGAUUGAUGCGCAAGAAUACGAUGCCGGUCAGACGCUUAACGAACAUUGGGAAUAUUGGGUCUUGGCAACGUUGCAGCAGAGAAGCCGUCACCCUACAGUUGUUGAGAUGCAAGGCCACAAUGCGAAGAGACUGCGUCGGCAGGCUUUGACCUUAUGGAUCGAGCAGACAUUUCCCAACAGAGAGCCAGAGGUGGACUUCAGGGCAUCCCGGCGGAGUGCGAGAUUUAUAACGCCUGCUCGCAACCGCAACUUUAUCGACUACAGCACUUACAGCUUCCGGCCGCCAUCCGAGCUGAAUUUUGACGAACAUGAUGAAGGGCCUAGCUUUGAGGACUCUCGACUUUAG